AUGUUACAAUAAUAAAUUUUAGAUCAAAAUCAACCAAUAUCUUCUUCAUUGAAUUCUAUUCCUCGAUACUCUCUUAAAAUAUUAAAUCCAUAGGUUCAUUAUUAUUAUGUUGCUCCUGGAAACAAUAGCAAACUUAUAAUUGAUACUAUAAAAAAAAGAAAGAAUUGGCAAGAAUCAGAUAAUCACUUACUUCAUUUUUAAUGGAAUAUGAAUGAUAACUAUUUUAGAUUCAAUAUUCUUAGCUCAUUGCAAAUUUAAAUUGUUAAUCAUUUACCCAAUCAUAGAGAACUCACUAUGAAAUGUAAUUUAAUCAAAAAUUUAAAAUAAUUUUGCUAAUCAAAUAAACGAUAUGUAUGGGAUAUUACUCCAUUAUCUUUUAAUAUUGAACUGCUUACAAAAGAAAAUGAUCUUGACAAAAUUCUUAAAGAAUUUACACUUUUCUAUGAAUAAUUAAAACCUCAGAAUAACAAAAAAAAUACAUCUAAUUUUAAUGUUCCCAUUAAAUUGAAUAAUCAAUAUAUCCAACCUAAAAUGCAUUCUUCCUUCUUAGAUUAAGAAAAUAAUUAUAUUUGGGUAUUUAAUUGUUCUAAUUAUUUAAGAUAUUAAAACCAAAUGAAUUUAAUAGAGGAAGAGGAAUCUCAUUUUUUAGAACUCUUGAAGAACUUAAAAUCCUACUUAAAAAUUUUAUUAAAGGAACUUCUGAAUAUCAGUUUAGUUAAGGUUAAAUUAAAUCAUCAUCUUUUGUAAUUUAGAAGUACAUUUAAAGACCAUUAUUAUUAGAUGGAAGAAAAUUCGAUAUUAGAGUUUGGGUUUUGGUUAAUCAUAACUUUGAUAUUUAUAUAUUUAAUCAGGGAUAUGCUAGAUUAUCUUCAGAAAUGUUUGAUCUUACAUAAUUAGAUGCAUUUAUUCAUUUAACAAAUAAUGCAGUUUAAAAACAUUCUAAAAAUUAUGGCUUUUUUGAAUUAGGAAAUUAAAUAUCUUAUUCAGAAUUAGAUUAUUAUACUAAUGGAGAAUUUACUAAAACUGUUUUGCCAAAAAUUAAAUCAAUUAUUGUUUUAUCAUGGAUGGCUGUUUAACAUACAUUUAAAAAAAUUAAAUAUUCAUUUGAAAUUUUUGGAUAUGAUUUUAUGUUAGAUGAAAACUUAAAACCAUGGCUUAUUGAAAUUAAUACUAAUCCAUGUUUAGAAGAGUCAUCACCAUUAUUAAAAGAAUUGAUACCAAAAAUGAUAGAUCAUGCAUUUAAAAUUGUUAUUGAUCCUUUGUUUUCCAAAAUUACUGAAUCUACAGAUUGGGAUCAUCUCCUACAAUUAUGA